AUGACGGAGCGGGCGGUGAUAGACUUGAAGCCGGAGGAUCUUGUUCAGGACGCCGACGCCUCCGUGCUAUCAACGAUCCAGUAUCCUCACAAGUUUGAGCUGGCAGCUAAGUUCUACGAGCGCUCCUCCGAUGUCCUGACGUCCCUGCAUGUGGACGACCAGCUCCUUCUCUACAGCUUGCAUCAGCAAGCAAGUGUUGGACCCUGCAAUACCCCCAGCCCGCACCUGACCAGCAAGAUGGAGGCAAUGUUUCUCUUCGUGCGAACUCUCGAGGAGGUUUGUCCCAAGUGGCUGAUGUGGAAAGGGAUACAAGCGGAAGUGAAAGCGGCACUCGACGGCGAGGGAGGGGAGCAGGCGGCGGAUGCGCUACAGUCGCCAUCCAGCAGGAGAAUGGAGGCGAUCCCUCGUCCUGAAGGAGAGCUCACGGCUUACCGGACGUGGAUAGGGGGGCUGACCACUGGGACUCCUCCCUCCCCCAGAUACCAGCACUCCUGUACCGUCGUCGGCAAGUACAUGAUUGUCUUUGGAGGGCACGGGACUUGCUUCUUGGCCGACACACACGUCCUCGACCUUGAGAGCAUGACCUGGAUGUCCUAUGACGUCGAAAACUCUCCAAGCCCGCGAGCAGGGCAUAGCGCGACGCUCCUCGACGAGGAGCAUGUGCUUGUUCUUGGCGGUCAUGGAGGCAACGGGAAGUUCAAUGAGAUUCACAUCCUGCAAGUGGAGCAUGGGAUCAACACGAUGCUCAAGAAGUCGGAGAGACCGAUCCUCACCUGGACGAGGCAGGAGAUUUCAGGUCCUUACCCGAUUAACCGAGGAAGCCACUGUGCAGCAGAGCACCAGGGUAGCGUCUACUUGUUUGGAGGAGAGUCGGACGAGCGAGAGUGUCUGGAUGACUUCUGGCGCCUCGACCUCGCCCAGCAGACAUGGGAAAGAUGUCCUAUCGAGGGCUGCCCUUCCAAGAGGAUGGACGCGAGUAUGGUGAGGAUCGGAAACCAUCUCGUCGUCUUCGGGGGAGCGAACGCGCAGACGCAGCUUGCGGAUGUGUUUGUCUUCGACGUUCCUGACAAGAGGUGGAGAAAGGUUUCUCCCAUCGAGGGUCCUCCUCCUGAGCCUCGUGCUGGACAUGCCUGCGUCCUACACGGAGGAAGGAUGAUCGUCAUGGGAGGAGGAAACGGAGCGCAGGGCCUUCUGGGGAUGCACAUCUUCGACCUCGAGACAGAGGAUGGGGAGGUCAAGGGGAGCUGGAGUAUACUGCGGGCAGGAUACGCACACAGCACGAGCUGCCUGACGGUGGCAAGGGAGGGGGCAGCGUGCGUGAUGCACGACUCGAAGCUUUUCCUCUUUGGAGGCUUCAACGGCAGGUACCUCAACGACGUCAUGAUGCUCCGGCUGGAGAGAGACGCAGACUGGGCGCUGAGGGUCCAGGACGGGUCGGUGGAGGAGCUGAGGGACGCGUGCAGACUCUUGAGGGAGGACCUUGCAAGGGAGCAGAAGGAGAAGGAGAAUUUCAAGCAGGAGCUGAACCGGCUGCGGACCGAGCAUGCGACGGUCCGCGCGAUGUUGGCGCAGCUGGAGAAGAUGUACUACAACUCGCCUGCAGCCACGGGCAACCCCACCCCAUCUGCUGCCCUGCGAGGAAGCCAUCACAGCGAAGGAUGGCUGGUGCAUGCGAUGCGAAUCUUGACGUCGAGUUGGAUGGGAAUGCUCUGGGGGAGCAAGGAGGAAGCAAGGAUUCAUCCUGACAACGAAAACCAGGAAUCACCUCUGGAGGUAGCUUGA